CGCCUUCAUCAUCUCGAUCCCCCUCCGCCUCCCCCCCAAUUGACCUCUUUCCCCCCAGUCUCUCCGUGCAGCCACUGGGCCCAUAUUCACCAUGAUAUCCCGAGCGGCGGCUCCCUCGUCUUCCUCUAUCGCCAACCUUUCCUCCCGCUCCCUCCGAGCCCAGGCCCCGGCUGCCCGUUCUUUCGCGACUGUCCAGGACAACGCUCCCCCCGUACGACACUAUGGCGGCCUGAAGGACCAAGAUCGCAUCUUCACCAACCUUUACGGUCACCAUGGAGCCGACCUCAAGUCGGCAAUGAAGUUCGGUGAUUGGCACCGCACCAAGGACAUUGUUCUCAAGGGUCACGACUGGCUCAUCUCCGAGAUCAAGGCCUCUGGUCUUCGUGGUCGUGGUGGUGCCGGUUUCCCCUCCGGAUUGAAAUACUCCUUCAUGAACUUCAAGGACUGGGACAAGGACCCCCGCCCCCGCUACCUGGUCGUCAACGCCGAUGAGGGUGAGCCCGGAACCUGCAAGGAUCGUGAGAUUAUGCGCAAGGACCCCCAGAAGCUCAUCGAGGGUUGCUUGGUCGUCGGUCGUGCGAUGAACGCCAACGCCGCCUACAUCUACAUCCGUGGUGAAUUCUACCACGAAGCCACCGUCCUGCAGCGGGCUAUCAACGAGGCCUACGAGGCCGGCCUGAUCGGCAAGAACGCCUGCGGCACCGGCUACGACUUCGACGUCUACAUCCACCGUGGAAUGGGUGCUUAUAUCUGUGGUGAGGAGACCUCCCUGAUCGAGUCGAUCGAGGGUAAGGCCGGCAAGCCCCGUCUCAAGCCUCCAUUCCCCGCUGCCGUCGGUCUGUUCGGUUGCCCCAGUACGGUCACCAACGUCGAGACCGUGGCGGUGGUGCCCACCAUCAUGCGUCGUGGCGGCAGCUGGUUCUCCUCCUUCGGUCGUGAGCGCAACGCCGGUACCAAGCUCUUCUGUAUCUCCGGUCACGUCAACAACCCCGUCACCGUCGAGGAGGAGAUGUCCAUCUCCCUCCGCGAGCUGAUCGAGCGUCACUGCGGUGGUGUCCGCGGUGGCUGGGACAACCUCAAGGCCGUCAUCCCCGGUGGAUCCUCGACCCCCGUCCUCCCCAAGUCUAUCUGUGACGACCAGCUCAUGGAUUUCGACGCCCUCAAGGACUCCCAGUCCGGUCUGGGUACCGCCGCCGUCAUCGUCAUGGACAAGUCGACCGAUAUCGUCCGCGCCAUCUCCCGCCUGUCCACCUUCUACAAGCACGAGAGUUGCGGUCAAUGCACGCCCUGCCGUGAGGGUAGCAAGUGGACCAUGCAGAUGAUGCAGCGCAUGGAGACCGGCCAGGCCCGCGAGCGUGAGAUUGACAUGCUCCAGGAGCUGACCAAGCAGGUCGAGGGUCACACCAUUUGCGCUCUGGGAGAGGCCUUUGCCUGGCCCAUCCAGGGUCUGAUCCGUCACUUCCGGCCCGAGCUGGAAGCCCGGAUCCGCGAGCACGCUGAGCAGCUCGGCGGUCAGUCCCCCUAUGCCGGUGGAUGGCACCCUAACAGCCGGGCUGAGGGCAAGUUGAUCUCUCCCGGCCAGUGAGUUAAUGGAGGGGAUGACAGGGGUCAGUGGAAGGAAAAGUCCGAGACAUUAAUCAAAUUUUUUUGAUCAAAGAGAAAGGGUCUGGGUGUAUGUCUGCGUGUGGGUGGUGUUUCAACUUCCUUUUUUUUCACGUCUUGUUCGAUCAUGUACAGUCUUGGUAGCA